AUGACGACUCAACAAAAUUCACGUGAUGAUCCUAUGAGAGGACACCACACGACACAGCAAUACACCACACCAAACGACGACACCGUACCACACAACGACCACACAACGCCACACAGCGACCACACGACACUAAACCACAUGAAGAACACACGAAGAACACACUAUACAUACCACUGCACCACAGCCAACAACAACGCAACCACACCACACGACAUAAACAGCUGUGAAGAACUUGAAGUUGGGGAUGAGAUGCAACGAGAUAGACAGCAUGAUCACGAUGUGGAUGAUGAUGAUAAUGAUGACCGAGAAGAUGAGGAAGCUGAUGUUUAUAAAACUGAAGAUGAUAACAAACACAAUGAUAAUGAAAAAACUGGAGAUGAUUACGAUGGCUGUAAUAAUGGUGCCAUUAAGGACCAUAUGGAACGGGUACAUCAUCAACCGCUUACGAGGAACAUAUUGGAUCCCAACACAACGAUCCUUGAUUAUGAACCCGAUCCAGUUCGCCUUAAAAUUAAAGAAGCCCUUCAUAUCAACAAGCAUAAACCCUCACUCAAUAAACAAUAUAACAGCUUUGAUCACACUUUGCAAUUGUUUUCUCAAUAUCACGAUCUCACACUUACUGUUGCCAUUGGGGUUGAUCCACAGGAUCUGCGUGUACCACAACGAUAUGAAUAUCAUCCUACGUUGAAUACAUUUCAACCCAUCAACACGCAGUUUGUUACCCAGCGUCAUCCGACAACCGUCAUCGCGUCGUUGGAUGUAUUAUGUGAUACCUAA